CCUCUCCUCCCCGGGUUCUCCCGGCGCGGCGCGGAGCGGAGCGGAGCAUCCCCGGGGCCGGGCAGGAGCUGCCAGCACGUGGAUGCAGAGAACUGUCUGCCAUCUGCCUGUCCCUGUGUCCCAGCACCCUGCAAGCCUCCUGUGGGUCAGUCAGAGGGGGAGAGCUGAGGCUGUGCCCUCCCUUCAGCUCCUGCCUGUUUCCAAAGCCAUCCCACUCCCAGCUCCUCCCAGACCAUCCAGCAGACGAAGCCUCCAGUGAGGACCCUCAUCCCUGCAGCUGAUCUGCCAGAACUGCUCUUCCCACCCUCAGCCCCAUCACAGGUUCUCCACUUGCCAAAGCAGCACUUCAGCUGGGGUGAACAGAGGGCAGGGCUUUGGAGGCUCCGUGCUGGGCGCUGCUCCCGUCCCGUCCGGUCCCGCCCGCGGCGCCGCCGAUGCUGUUGGCGAUGAGCGCCUGCAGCAGGAAGGCGCUGACCCUGCUCAGCAGCGUGUUCGCCGUCUGCGGCCUCGGCCUCCUGGGCAUCUCCGUCAGCACCGACUACUGGCUCUACCUGGAGGAGGGCAUCGUCCAGCCCCAAAACCAGACGGCCGAGAUCAAGCUCUCGCUGCACUCGGGGCUCUGGAGGGUCUGCUUUCUGGCAGGUGAGGAGCGUGGCCGGUGCUUCACCAUCGAAUACGUCAUGCCCAUGAACAUCCAGCUGACCUCUGAAUCCACAAUCAACGUCCUAAAGAUGAUCCGCUCUGCCACCCCCUUCCCUCUGGUCAGCCUCUUCUUCAUGUUCAUCGGCUUCAUCCUGAGCAACAUCGGCCACAUCCGGCCUCACAGGACCAUCCUGGCCUUCGUCUCGGGGAUAUUCUUCAUUCUCUCAGGUCUGUCACUGGUGGUGGGGCUGGUCCUCUACAUAUCCAGCAUUAACGACGAAAUGCUCAACAGGACCAAGGACUCGGAGUCAUUCUUCAAUUACAAAUAUGGGUGGUCCUUUGCCUUCUCUGCCAUCUCAUUCCUUCUCACAGAGAGCGCCGGGGUGAUGUCCGUGUACCUGUUCAUGAAGCGCUACACGGCCGAGGACCUCUACAGACCCCACCCCGGCUUCUACCGGCCCCGCCUGAGCAACUGCUCCGACUACUCGGGGCAGUUCCUGCACCCCGACGCGUGGGCGCGGGGCCGCAGCCCCUCGGACAUCUCCAGCGAGGCGUCCCUGCAGAUGAACAGCAGCUACCCAGCCCUGCUCAAGUGCCCUGACUACGACCAGAUGUCCUCGUCCCCGUGCUGAGCCCCGCGCCCCUUCGCUGGGCGCCGCGCCCCGACUUCGUUUGUCGUUUUUUUAGGCCACUCUUUUCUGGCCAAUUCUCUAUUUAUAGGAGCGUAAAUAUAACCAGAGAGAUUGGUUAUAUAACCAGUAGUGUAACCUAGAGAAUUGGGAUGUUUCCCUUUCUUUGGUUUUUUUUUUUUGGGGUUGUUUUAUUCCUCCCCUGCAUAACUAAGAAUGUCUCCAAAGUCCUCCUCACUCAGCUCAUCCUGCUGAGCAAACAGCAGUUCUGCCUGGGGGAUAAAUCCAGGGCUGGACUCAAGAGCAGGAAAAAGAAAAUAGAGUAGAACUAAGGAAAAAAAAGGUGUAUUUUUUGGUGUAGGUAGGUAGGCUGAUAAAGUUUGUGCAUUCGACUGUAUCAUUGAAUUCUAUAUUUACUGGCCUGAGUGCCAGCAGGCAUAAAAGAUUUGUGUAACUUUCCAAGAAGCAACCAGCAUUAGAAAAAUAUAAAUUUUGUCUUGACUGAACACUUACUGGUUGGUAUCUCUCACUGCUGGAUAUCACUUCCAGCCAGGCUGGAAUGGGAAAUAGCCAUCCUUCCAUGACAUCCUUCCAAGGACACCAGCAGGUUGGUGCUCCUCUAUGGCCAUUUGGAAACUGUUGCUUAAAU